AAUUAAUGCAAACAUAAACUAACAUAAACAUAAGUGGUUUUUGGCAAAAACAUAAUAUUUAUUUCAUAUAAUAUAAUAAAUCUUGUUAAUUACAUAUUUUGAAUAUGGAUUCAGAAUAUGUUGAUAACGAUUUAUUAGAUAAGUAUAUGACCAUAUCUAAUAAGUUAAAAAAACGAUUUCUUAAAAAACCCAAUGUAGCAGAAGCCUGUGAAUCUUUUAGCAGUUUAGCCAAACAGUGCGAAUCUUUAGAACUACCUGUUUAUGCAGGCCUAUGUUGGAUUGCUGCUGCUAGGUGUGAAGGCUCAUUAUUAAACAAUACUGGAGAAACAUCCUGCCUGAUACAUUCUGCUAGACAGUUGAUGAAAGCUGAAGAAAUAGAUAAGGAAAUAUGUUGUGAGACAGUUUAUGGCGAAUAUUUACAAGCAGGGUUGAGUUCAUGUGCUCAUGCAGCAAGUAGACUGAGUAAAAACUGCAUACUUCCUCUUUGUUUAGAUUUGGAAAUUAUUGAUUUUUUGAAAAGAAUUAAUAAGCCAGAAUAUAUUGAGAGUUUCGCAGAAGACGCUGUUGAGUUAAGUGUUGAACAUUGUGGAUCUAGAAUUUAUGCUUUAGAACUUAUGGCUUCACAUUUUAUAAAAACUGGUGAUUAUUUAGCAGCAUUAGAAACUUUCUUUGAAAUAUCCAAAUUAUUAGAGAAAUGUGUCUCUAAUGGUUUCAGAAGUGAAAUAUUAUUAAAGUGUGAAAUAAACAGUGUAUUCUUAUUAUUAAUUCUCCGACCAAAUCCACAAAAAUUAGCACCCCAUCUCACAAGAAUUUUGGAAAAGUACACAUGGGGAGAUACUAAUGAUGAAAGUCUGAAAGCCUGUAGAAUGACUUCAGAAAUAUUCUACCUUCUAUGUUCGUUAGUCACCAUUUGUCAGUCGCUAGACACUAGUAGCUUAGUUGACCUGGAAUCUGAUUUUUGGAAAGUGCUCUCUAAAGAACAAAAAGAACUUCUACGAAUAUUGUUAAGAAUAUACGAAGUUUAAUCUAUCCGUCGAUUUGUUGUCUAUUAAUUAUAUGUUAUUAUAAUAUGUUAAAUAUAUUUAAUGUUAUUUCCAUUUUUUACUAUAUGAAUAUUUUAAAUAAACAAAACAUUAAUUAUU